AUGGACCCCAACUCAACCUCGACCAAGCUUAUCCAGCUCGGUGUGCUGGUGCAAUCGGCGCUAGCUACACUGAUAAUAUCGAGCAGAGAUGGCAAGGACUUUCUCCCUCCGAAAGCGCUGUUCGAUGCCCAAAGAACGAUCCUCUCUGCAGCUGGCAUGCUCACUGAGCUUGGGAGCACACCGAGCAACCGCCUUUUGGAAGUAUCGACGCAAUAUUUCGAGGCACGUGCUUUGCACAUAGCAGCUGAAAAGCGGAUCCCAGACAUGCUUGCCGGCUUCGAUGAGAGGGGUGUUGCAGUAGAGGAACUGGCAGAGCAGACCUCAGCCGUGCUGAUUGACAUUUCGAUGAUGUUAGCUCGGAUCAUGCGCUGUUUGUGCUCCAUCCACAUCUUCAAGGAGGUUCAACCCGACCGCUUCACGAACAAUGGUGUGUCGGCUGCUUUGGUGAACAACGAGCCUCUCAGGGCAUACAUCGUCAUGUUUGCAUUUGACACAUACUCGGCUUCUGACCACUUCCCUCGAUCCCUCUUCGAUAAGAAAACGGGCCCUUCGUACGACGUCGCAGAGACUGCGUUUCAGGCAGCGGUAGGCACGCACAAGCCACGGUGGGACUGGCUCGAAGAAAAGGUUACCGUGCAGGACUUGCAAGAUGGCCGUUGCGGUACCAAAGGGGAACACAGCGGAUAUCCCGGCCCUUUCGGCUCCGAGCUUGACAAGGCAGUAGAGGGCAAGGCUGGCUCUGAGCUAGUAGGGCGGCCGGAACUGCCCAUCUUCGGUCUCGCAAUGGUUGGCGGAGAUUAUCCCUGGGAGUCGCUGGGCUCCGCCCUCGUGGUUGACGUGGGCGGAGGCGUCGGCGGGUUCAGUCUUCAGCUCUCGCGAAUCCAUCCGCAACUACGAUUCGUCAUUCAGGAUCGUGCGGCGAUGCUGAAGCAAGCGGAGACGGUAAUCUGGCCAAAAGACAACCCGGACGCCAUCGCGCAACAGAGGGUGCAAUUCUGUCCUCACGACUUUUUCGAGCCCAAUCCAGUAAAGGAGGCCGACGUGUAUUGGCUUCGAUAUGUCAUGCACGAUUGGUCAGACGACUUUUGCGUCCGGAUCCUUGCAGGCAUCAAGCCCAGCAUGGGACUGCGGUCGCGGAUCCUGAUCUGCGAUCAAGUCAUGAACACGACGCUGGGUACAGAGGAGCUCACCGCUGCACCUGCUCCUCUCCCUGCCAACUGGGGCUAUUACACGCGCUACUCGCAUCAACGCGACCUCGCGAUGAUGGCGCUGCUGAACGGCAUCGAGCGCACGCCUCGCGAGUUCCGCACCGUUAUUGAGAAGGCGGGACUGAAGUUGCUCAAGAUAUGGGACUGCCGUAGCCAGGUUUCGCUGGUCGAAGUUGUACUGCCGGAUUCGGAGCUAGUGUGA